UUGUCGCUCGUACCGGACAGCUGCCACACCGAACUCGGACUGAGCCGAACUGUCAUUCCUGUGAUGCCCCAAGGCGGGCUGAGCUGGUCGGCGUUGCGAUGCCUUAUGUGGACCGACAGAAUCGCAUCUGCGGCUUCCUGGACAUCGAGGAGAAUGAGAGCAGCGGCAGGUUCCUGCGGCGGUACUUCAUCCUGGACACUCAGCAGGGCGACCUGCUGUGGUACAUGGACAACCCACAGAAUCUGCCUAAAGGUGCAGAGAAGGUGGGCUCUCUCAAACUCACCUACAUCUCCAAGGUCAGUGAUGCCACUAAACUCAGACCGAAGGCAGAGUUCUGCUUUGUUAUAAAUGCAGGAAUGAGGAAGUUUUAUCUGCAGGCCAACGAUGAGCAGGAUUUGGUGGAAUGGAUCAGUGUUCUCAACAAUGCCACCAAGAUUACAGUGCCAAAGCCAGGCGAGGGCCAAACAACCGCCCACGCAGAGACGCCACAGGAAGUACUGGGAGCCAUGAAACAGCUCUCCUACAAGAUGGAAAUCAUAGGAGGAGUCCCUAUCGUCACCGCCACGCAGGAGCAGGGGGAGGGGCAGAGCGAGGCGGAGCGCGGAGGUUUGAAGCGGGGUCAGAAUCAGCUGCCCUACUUCCUGUCCAGAGGAGCCCAGGACCAGGCCGUCAUCAAGGACGGAUACUGUGUCAAACAGGGAGCUCUGAUGAAGAACUGGAAGAGGAGGUACUUCAUGCUGGAUGAAAACGCUGUCAGCUACUACAAAUCUGACCUGGACAGGGAGGCGCUGAGAGCCAUCCCGCUGAAGGAGAUUCUCAAAGUCCAGGAGUGCAAACAGAGCGAGCUGAUGAUGAGGGACAACCUGUUCGAAAUGGUCACCAGCUCCAGAACCUUUUACAUACAGGCUGACAGUCCAGAGGACAUGCACAGCUGGAUUAAGGCCAUCUCAGGAGCGAUCGUGGCUCAGCGCGGCCCCGGGCGCUCCGCUAACAUUAUCCGUCAGGCCAGACGGCUGUCCAGCCCUUGUAUACAGAGGUAUACGCCAUUCUGCAGUGGUGAAUGCAGCACGAGCGCAGUGAGCUCUCCUCUCCCUCCCCAAUAUCCUGCUCCACCUUCUACUACCCCUGCGACGAGGAGCCGCACCACCCACAGUCCUCCUCAGAGGGCCCUCAGCUUCACUCUGGACACGCACCACCAGGACAACUUCCUGGGCCUGCUCCCGUGGAGGCUGAGCGGCGUUCAGUCGGUGAUGAUGCCCCUGCCGCCGGCACGCUCACGCCUGUCGCUGCAGGAGACGGUGCAGUCUUCGAAGUAACAGAGCUGGACAAGUCACCGUGGAAACGGCGCAGCGAAAUCGCCCGGCUGGGGUUAGUUGAUGGCGGUGGCGAGGAGGAGCUGAACAGUCGCACCACUGAGAAUUCUGACAUGCAGAUUACGCUGAUUUGAUGAUGAUGAUGAUGAUUGACAAUCUGUAAAGGACACACACACUUCAACAUAAGCUCCUGAGUUGUUCUGCGUGCUUCACAAACUACCUGACUGACUCAAUGAUCCGUCUCCAAACUUCCUGGGACCAUUGUUUUGUAUGUGUGCACACGUGGAAUCGGACCUCCUUCCUCUGCCGUGUUUUCCUUCACUUUUGUCUUCCCGGAUUUUAUUUACAAAGUGUUGCUGCUGGCAAACAGAAUCCACGUUGUCAUGCGAAGAAAAAAUAAAUCUUAGAUAUUGUGCAGUGACGUUUUCACCGUGAGCCCAUCUCGCCGCACAGCGAUGGGCUGGUUUCACGACUCGUGUAAGAAACAGACGAACCAAAGUUUGCAGUUGUGUUUUCUUUACAGAUGUUGCUGUCAGAAACAGGAAGUGUCUGUUGUCUGUGUCGACUCUGCUGAGGGACUGACUAAUCCAGCUUCUUCUCAGAUAAUUUUUUAAGACAAUCCCGCUUGAUAUUCUAAACUCUUUAAUCCUAAAUUUCCACUGGAGAACCUUUACCGUCUUCUCUCUCCUCUCCAGUAGAAAGGUCAAACUUGUUUCAGAGGUUCAAAGCUCAAAUUCACUGAGGUCGCAUUUAUACACACGUCUGCACUUUGUUUCCAGAGUCCUGGGAAUGAAGAGCAACAAACUUAUUUUAGACAUCAUGCUGUCUUUGGAGGUAGUUCAUGGAUUAUAACAUUAUUAUAAGCCAGGAGGUCACAGAAUUUUUAACGCUGAGGGUUUAAUGCUCAACAUACCCAAAUAAGACAGACCAUAAUUUGUAAAUUUCAGUGCAGUUGCUAGUAGUCUAAUCAUUGCCGUGCGUCACCUACAGAUACAAUAUGUGGGUUUGUGAAAACAUUGUAUUUAUGAAGUGUCAACGUUUCUGAAAAGAAAAACAGCUUUUCAUUUCAAAUUAGCAACAUAAUUUCAAAAAAUUUACGUAAAUCCGUAGAAGAUUUGCAUCAACUGAAGCGAAAAGUUGAAAUGAACCAAAGCUGACAGGACACGUUGAUCCGUGAUUAGACGUUAUGAGCUCCUCGCUGUAUAAACCAGCAGAGAGUCAGAGCUCAGCGCUAACAGUAAAAUAUUCAAAUGUCUUUCAAUGUUUAUGUUUAAAAUACGAGAUGAAACGACACAAAGCGGCGUUCGUAAAAAGGACUCACAGCUGUGGACUGAAUCUCACCAGCAUCACUCCUCAUGACACGGCUCCUCUGUGACUCCAUCACAUGUUGAUGUGUAUGUGUUUUAGUUUAAAAAUGAAACCCGACUCGUACUGUCCAUCUGUAAAUGUUGUUUUUGGACUCGGGAGCUGGAUGAAACUCAGCAGCCAUGUUCUGUCGUUUUGUUCUUGUUGGUUCCUCGGCUGCGAGGCGGCACUCCGUGUGGUUGUGGGUUUUCCUUUUUGUUCUUAUGUCCUUUUAGUUUUGAUGAUGAUUUUAUGAUUCACAGCGGUGAGAUGCUUUUGAGGAAAAAAAUGUUCACAUACAUGUUGUUUACUGACUUUUGUAAAACAGGUGUGCAUGGCUGCAUGCACACACACCCCCCUCCCCCUCCACUAUUGUUCCCUGUUAAAGAUAAGCUGGGUAAAGUGCCUGCAAUGUUCUUUGUAAAGAGUUGAUAAAAAAAAGUGAGGAGCUGUUUUGACCCUUUUUAGUGUGUAUUUGAGUCUCAGACCAUGCGCUCUGUUUAUUAAAAGAAAUUUGAAAAUGA